AAAAAUUGAUGGAAUGAUUGUCUCAAAUACAACACUGGCAACACAAGAACAAGCUGUCGCCUGUGGUGCUGCUGCUCACUUGUCAGAUAACAAUCAACAAACAAUUGUAUAUGGCGGUUUAAGUGGUCGUCCAUUAUUUGAAAAGUCAACUGAAUGCCUGAAAAAGAUUUCUGUUUUGACUAAAGGCGCUAUCCCACUGAUUGGUGUUGGUGGGAUAAGUAAUGGAGAAGAAGCCAUGGCCAAAUUGAAUGCUGGUGCUACUUUAGUCCAGUUGUAUACAAGUUUUGUUUAUCAAGGCCCACCAAUUGCUCAUAAAGUAGCUAGAGAAAUAAAUGAACUCAGGACUAAAAACAACAAUGUCUAGUGCUGUUUGAUAUAUGAAAUUGUUAAUUUUGUUUUUUUUUAAAUGUAGAUAUAGAAAUUUUU